UUCUUUAAAACCCGACUUCUACAGUAACCCUAUCUAAAUCUUCAUUCAUUUCCCUCAAACAAAAUAACAACGCAAAUGGGUUUUCACUUACCGCUUUACCUCAUCCUCCUACUCCUCUUCAUGUUGUGCCCAAUAUUACAAGCAGCAGAAUCUCAAGAACCUGCCUGUGGUAAAGAAGCAUGUGGAAAUAUUACAAUUCCAUCCCCUUUUGGAAUCCAUAGCACCUGCUAUACGGAACCUUGGUUUAGAGUGACUUGCAACCCAACCCUCAAUGGGGUAAAGCCAUUCAUAAACGUAAAUGGCAUCGAUCUGGAGGUACUUGGAAAAGCCUUAUAUUCAAACGCCAUUCUCAUCAACAAUCCGGUUACUUACAUUAAUUGUGACAGUAUAAACAAGGUUAGUGGGAGGGUCAAUCUCUUAGGCACUCCAUUUUUCUUCUCAAGUAAGAGGAAUUAUUUCGGGUCAGUAGGUUGCGGAAAUUCGGCUACUAUUUUAAGUAACGAAGCUGUUUCACUUGGCGGCUGCAUUCAGCCAAGGUGUGACGAUGAUGCUUCUGAAUCUGGCUGCUUUACUCAAAUUACUGCAAAUCUCACUUCCUAUACCGUCAACAUGACAGCCAUGUAUCCUGACAGCAAAAGAUGCGCAUCUGCUUUCAUCUUUAGCAAGUACUCUUUCCGUAGUGCUUACCCAUUACCCACUGGCAUCAAUAAUGGAACUACGCAAGUUCCCGCCGUGCUCAACUGGAAUUCCACCUAUUGCGAUGACGGAGUAUGUGGAAGACCAGGACUAGGACCUAUCAACGUCAACACCGACAAGGUAUGGUACUGCGGAAAUGUUACUUUUCACUACCCCUUUAGAAUGAAGGACCAAGAUUAUGAAACUGACGAUUGGUUUGAAGUAAUUUGCAACAAAACCGCCAACGGGGGAAAAGUUCCUUUCUUAAACAUAAAUGACAUGAUUCUACAAAUACUGGACUUUGAUUUUUUGGACGGCACCAUCAAGGUCAACCAUCCAAUAACUUACUUCAACUGUCGAAAGAACCAUUACAAUGGGAUGAGUCUCAACCUAACUGGCACCCGCUUUUCCUACUCAACUUCUGACAACAGUUUUUGUUCUUCAGGUUGCGGUAAUUUGAUUACUAUUUUUGGCAAUGAAACAGAUAAACUUUUGGGCGGAUGUUUGCAACCAAGUUGUAGGAUUAAUAACAAGAUUUCCCAUGUUGCUAGUUGUCUUGCUUUUUUCCCUCAGGGUCUCAGUUCAUUCUACAUAAACAUGAGUAAUAGGGUUGAUUCUAGUGAUUAUAGGAAGAAAAAAUCAUGCGGAUUUGCUUCCUUGAUUUCUGAUGACUAUGAUUUAGAAGAUUCUGAUAUAAGUAGUAGGACGCAUGUCCCAACACAGCUGCAAUGGGGCACACCAUUAAUUGGAGAAUGCUAUUUGAAUGGUAGUUUGAACAUUUCUUGUACAUCCGAUGGUGAAUAUUGCUGGUCGAGGUUGAGCUCUACUCAUCUAUGUGCGUGUGAUAGGGAUAUUCGCAUUUAUUCGACGUUAUGCAAAGAUGGGAAUUGUGGGGAUUAUCAGUAUUGUAGCAUGCUUUGUUUGAAUACCCCUACCAACUAUUGCUCGUCGGAGUCUUGCCCUCCUAAUCAUUAUGAAUAUAAUAGUACGGGAUUUCGUUGUGAGCGCAAAAAACAAACUCAAAAUACUCAUGACUUGACAAGUAUUAUUAUAGGUUGCAGCACUAGUAUUGGGACACUAUUUCUACUACUCGCAACAUGGAGUGUGUACAAAGUCCUCAAAAGAAAACAAAAAAUCAUGCUGAAGCAGAAAUACUUCAAAAGGAAUGGAGGUUUGUUACUGCAACAACAUUUGUCUAGCAAUGAAGGUAAUGUUGAAAAAAUUAAGUUAUUUACUUCAAAAGAGAUGGAAAAGGCGACGGAUCAUUAUAAUGAAAACCGAAUCCUUGGUCAAGGAGGUCAAGGGACUGUUUAUAAAGGAAUGCUAAUAGAUGGAAGCAUUGUGGCUAUUAAGAAAUCCAAAAUGGUGGAAGGAAAGAAAUUUGAUGAAAAGAAGGUUGAACAGUUCAUUAACGAGGUGAUAAUUUUAUCUCAAAUUAAUCACAGGAACGUGGUUAAGCUUUUAGGGUGUUGUUUAGAGGCUGAAGUUCCUCUAUUGGUGUAUGAGUUCAUCCCAAAUGGUACAUUAUACGAUCUCAUUCAUAACCAAAAUGAAGAAUUACCAUUGACAUGGGAAAUGCGUUUACGAAUUGCAAUUGAAAUUGCCAAUGCCUUGUUCUAUUUGCAUUCAGCUGCUUCUGCUCCUAUUUAUCAUCGAGACAUCAAAUCUAAUAACAUACUUUUGGAUGAUAAAUAUAGGGCAAAAGUAUCAGAUUUUGGAACUUCAAGAUCAGUUGCACUUGAACAGACACAUUUAACCACUCGGGUGCAAGGAACUUUUGGAUACAUGGAUCCCGAAUAUUUUCGAACAAAUCAAUUUACAGAGAAGAGUGACGUUUAUAGCUUUGGAGUUGUACUUAUUGAGCUUUUAACAGGACAGAAACCCAUCUCCGCAAACCAAUCAGAACAAGUGAGAAGCUUGGUAUCUUAUUUUUUGCAUUCAAUGCAGGAGAAUUCCUUAUUUAGCAUUCUCAAUCCAAUGGUAGUAAAGGAUGGUCCAGAACAGGAGAUUAUGGUUGUGGCUCUGCUAGCAAAAAGAUGCUUGAAUCUUAAUGGAAAGAAAAGACCCACCAUGAAACAAGUAGUAAUGGAGCUGGAGUUGAUUAAAGCUUCAGGUGGAACUGUUAUUGAAGACUGUGGUGAUGAAGAAUCUGAAACAGAUGACAUGAUCCAUUCAUGGGAUACCAAUCCUAGUAGUUCAAUGUCCAGGAGAAUUCCAACCGACAGUGUAACUUUUCUGUUAAAUUCAUCUUCCUAGUUUCCAACACUCCUGAAACAAUUUAUCUUGAUUGAUAGCCUUUAGCUUUUGUAUUUGUCACACUGGUGGAGUCUUGUGGUUGCCCAAGAAUUCAUACUUGUUUCACACAAUGUUAUUUUAUCUCUUGAAGGUAUUUCUAACACAAGUUCUGGAUA